GGGAAAUUCCCGGAAGGCCGAAGUCCCGCCGGGUCGGGCGCGGAAGUUGCCAGCGGCCGCGCGCCCACCCGGCAGGCCCGCAACCAUGUCCGGGGACGAGGGUUCGAGAGGCCGGGCGAGGGCCUCGGGCGCCGCGGCCACGCUCUGCGGCCUGUACCACGAGGCCGGCCAGCAGCUGCGGCUCCUCCAGGACCAGCUGACCGCCCGCGAGGCCCUCGUCGCACGCCUCCGCGCCCGCCUGGCCGCGCUCGAGGGAGGCGCGGCGCCGUCGCUCGUGGACGCGCUGCUGGAGCAGGUGGCGCGCUCCCGGGAGCAGCUCCAGCGGCUGCAGGGCGGCGCCGCCGAGGCCCGACUGCGCCAGGAGGUCGAGAGGCUGACCGAGCAACUGGAGGAGAAGGAGAGGGAGAUAGAGCAGCUGCGCCGGCCAUCGCUCGAGCGAGAGCAGGAGGUCGUCCUGCUGCGGAGAAGUGUGGCCGAGAAGGAGCGCGCCCAGGCUGCCAGGGACGUGCUGUGCCGCUCCCUGGCCGACGAGACCCACCAGCUGCGGAGGACCCUGGCUGCCACUGCCCACAUGUGCCAGCACCUGGCCACGCGCCUGGACGCACGGCAGCGUGCCCAGGGGGACGCGGGGGACGUGCAGGAGCAGAGUCCUGGCGAGCCCACGUGUCCAGGCACGGACGGCUCUGUUCAGGCCGCCAUGGAGAAGUUACGGGAGGAGAACCGACUGUUAAAACAGAAAGUGACUCACGUGGAAGACCUCAACGCCAAGUGGCAGCGCUACGACGCCAGCAGGGACGAGUAUGUGCGGGAGCUCCAGGCGCAGCUGCGGGAGCUGAAGGCCCCCCGGGAGCCGGAGCUGCUGAGGAAGGAGGUCUCCCGGCUCAACAGGCAGCUGGAAGAGAAAGUAGACGCGUGUGCGGACGCCAGGCAGCAGCUGGCCGCCGCCAGGACCGCCCAGGACGCUGCCCUGGAGCGGGUGCAGAUACUGGAGCAGCAGAUUCUCGCCUACAAGGAUGACUUCAGAUCGGAAAGGGCUGACCGGGAGCGGGCUCAGAGCAGAAUUCGGGAGCUGGAGGAGAGGCUCGCCUCCCUGCUGCGCCAGGGCUCUCGGAGGCAGGUAGGGGUCAGGGCGGCGUCUUCCUUUUCCGCGUGUGGAUUGGGCCCUUCCGUGCCUGUCAAGGCCCCUCCCCGCCUUCCGGAGCCUGCUCUUGGCAAACCCCGCGCUGUACCACGUUUAGCUGUGGAAGAGGUUGCAGAGUGGCUGUCCUGGGGCCUGCGCCGCCUCCCUGUGCGCCCCCGCCGUGACCAGAGAGCAGGACCCCUCCCGGGAGCGCCAGCCGUGCCCCGUCCUUGCUGCGAGACAGGGACCCAGCGACCUUGUCACGUGGAGCUGGCACGGGCCUUGGGCACCCUGUAGGGUCCUCAGCUCAGCCCGUGCCCGGCGUCGGGUUUAGUGCGGUCCCCACCGUGAGAGGGGCCGGGCUGAGUCAGGACUGGCGAUGUCUGGCGGUGUGACCUGUGGUGCCGCCCUGCCCGUCCACGCUCUCCCAGGGGAGGUUUGUUCCUUUGGCCACUUAGCGAGUGUCUGGUACAGCCCCGGCCUGGGGUCAAACUUCCUGUGCUCGCGUGGACUGCACCGCAGCGUGCCUCUGGAGGCGGUGCACCCAGGGCCGGAGCGGGGACGCCGAGCCCUCCCAGCUGGGUGUGUGGGGGCCUCCAGCGCUAGUCUGUCCCGAGCAGCCCCCGGGCCUCAUGGGUAGCUUCUGCUUCCCAUCCCUCGGGCAUGGGCACAGGAGAGUCACGGCGGACAGACACCCUUGGGCGAAGUCUUCGUCAGGGGCCCUGGGCACUGUGCGUGACGGGGGAGGGGUCGCGGCAGGGCCUGUGUCCACAGGUGACAGGGAGGUGCCGGAGGCUGCGCCGGCCCAGCCCUGGCGGCUUCUUGGCAUCGCUGGAUGGAGCGUGGGUAUGUGGGUGGCCCCUCACACCCCAGUUCCUGCUUCCCCUGAGGCCCUGGGGCUGCAGGCCAGGCCAGGAUCCCCAGCAUGGACCCUGGGCAGGAACGGAGCACCAGGUUCUCCGGGGGCUUGGUUUUGCCUGUGGGUUUCCGGCCUCGAGAGAUUCGAGGGAGCGCGUGAAGGGUUGAGGAGUCACCAAGGCUGUGGUCCUGAGGGCGGGCUCAGGCGGGCUCUCAGGGACGGGGCCCCACAGGAGCCACCAGAGCCAGCUGCAGGCCUCAGGCCUGGGUUCCCGAGGUGGCCCCACGGGCAGCAUCCCUGGUGGCAGCAUCAGGAGCACUCGCUGUUGGUCAGCGGCAGUGCGCAGGCUCGGGCGACAGGCGUGGGCGACAGGCUCGGGCGACAGGCAUGGGCGACAGGUGUGGGCGACAGGCGUGGGUGACAGGCUCGGGCGACAGGUGUGGGGGACAGGCGUGGGCGACAGGCUCGGGCGACAGGCGUGGGCGACAGGUGUGGGUGACAGGCGUGGGCGACAGGCGUGGGCGACAGGCUCGGGCGACAGGUAUAGGGGACAGGCGUGGGGGACAGGCGUGGGCGACAGGCUCGGGCGACAAGCGUGGGUGACAGGCUCGGGCGACAGGUGUGGGGGACAGGCGUGGGUGACAGGCUCGGGGGACAGGCUGUCCUGCCACUGAGGAAGAGCCAAUUUCAGACGGGAGGGGGCACACCGAAGCCGCUGGCCUCAGGGCUCCACGACAGGUGUUCGGAGCAAGGUGGUGCUGGGUGGCCGACAAGGCUGAGCCAGGGGCUCCCCUGCUGCCACUGGAGGCCCCCCAAGCCCCAGGGCAUGGUGCUGAGGGCUGGAGCGGAGUCUGUGUGGGCCCACCCUGAGCUCCGCCACCCCCGAGCCAUGGUGGCAGCCGGGGCACGUCGCCAAGGCUGCCUGACAGUUGGGUUUCCUGGGGCUCACGGGUCCAGUCGGGCCUGCUCUCCAGGUAAGUGCAGGGAGCACAGGAGGGAACGCGCGUGGUCUGCGCGCUCUGCCGGCCGGGCCCUCGGCACAGCAAGAAGCCCGUGAGCGGCCCCUGUCACCA